AUGCAGACUACUUCUACAAACAUUUGUGAAAGAAUGUGCAAUAAGUCCAUCCAUGACAUUUCCUUGCUACUAAAUAUUCCAUGGUCAACUGUUAGUGGUAUUAUACCAAAGUGGAAGCCAUCGGGAGCAACAGCAACUCAGCCGCCAAGUGGUAGGCCACGUAAAAUGACAGAGCGGGGUCAGCGCAUGCUGAAGCGCACAGUGCGCAGAAGUCGCCAUCUGUCUUCAGAGUCAAUAGCUAAAGACCUCCAAACUUCGUGUGGCCUCCAGAUUAGCACAAAAACAGAGCGCAAAGAGCUUCAUGGAAUCGGUUUCCAUGACCAAGUAGCUGCAUCGCAAAGUGCAAUGCAAAGCGUCGUAUGCAGUGGUGUAAAGCACACUGCCACUGGAAUCUAG